UCCACAAGGUAACCAUGAAGGUGACGAUCGCUUUGCUCCUGAGCACUUUGUGCUUUGCAGUCCUUAACGCUCAGUGCCCGGAACCCAAUGCGUUGAAAGAUGCAGAUGGCGUGAAGCUUUGUGCACGCAUGUUCGAGCACAGUAACAUUUAUUUUGAGCAAAGUUGCGGGGGAGAGUAUCUUGAUGCCUACCCAGGUGAUGACGUCCCUACCAUCCCUCGUAAAUGGAACAACCGCGUGUCUUCCUUGGUGGUGGCGAGGGGUUGCAGCCUCACUGUUUGGCAAUACACCAAGAAGCGCGGGUCCAGAUCCAAGUUUGGAGCUGGAAUCAAAUAUCGCCUGAAAGACUCAAUGCAAGGUCUUUUUGGUAAUUGGGAAAAUUCCAUCUCUGCGUACUACUGUGUGUGCUAAAGGCAGAGGACAUGUCUUCUCCGACACCAGAUACUUCUUCAGAAUUGCCUUGUGCAAUUUGCCUGAGGACGUUUAGAGUUCAUGCAAGAGUCGACAAACACUGUGCUCUGCCAGUCAAGACAGUAUAUGGCUGCGUGAUGGUGAUAUCUUGUGUCUGGAGAAUAAACUCCUUUCUGCAAAAAAAUC